AGAACCGGAAAACAACAAUGAUGAAUGGUGAAAGUGAACGCAAAUUACACGAACUCCCAACCGAAGGUCGAAUUGAACGCCGAGUUACUGAAGCUGCAGACGAAGGAAUCGCCGCUUUCGAGAAAAGAAUGUACUAUAUGCUGGACAAAAGACCACACGGUGAAAUUCCCACCAGACUUCUUCUUUGGCGCUUUGGAAUUAUCGAUGGAUAUAGUAGCUUGAAUGAACACAUGAGAGAUAUCAAAAUCAGAGUGAUCGAAAAGUGCGGACAAUACCCUUGGGACUUUGAUAAGCUCGUUUACGAUAAAAUCCGCAAGAAGUUCUUCGAAGGAGUGAUUCCCAUUUUCUAUAAAAUUGCGCGUUUUGCUGACAUGCAACGCAAUGAUGGAAUACCGAUGGAAUAUGAGGAGGAGGACCCUAUUGGAACAGGACUUGAAUAUUCUGAAAGAGCGGAAGGCGAAUUCAUCGAGCUCUACAACACUUGGUUUUUCCAUGAAGAUGUGGAUGGUCAGCAACCAGGAAGAGAAGAUUUCGACCCCGCUGCCGAACAGGAAAACUCGGAAGAUCCUGAAGUUGUUGAACCGAAGAGUGUCGAUCGCAAUCUCGCGCUGUUCUUGGGCGAGAUGUAUCUGACGAUGCAGCCUCAUACAGACGUCUACCCACCGGCUCCAAAGCCUGGAGACAUUGUGAUUCCAAUUGGAGGUCUUGCCAAGUGCGAGUGCUCACCGGGUUGCACAAGAGAGCUUCCACAGCCAGCGUACCGUAUCAUCGACGAAGCUGAACGUCGUUGGUUCCCAAAGGACAACAACAAGCUCCGCAAGUGAUGGGACAUAAUUGAUUACCGUUUUAUUUUUAUUUAUUUGUUUUCUUGCCACCCGAACACGGUUUUAGUUUUAUAUACGAAUGAUCUUGUAAAAAAUGCUGCCAAUAUCUUGGAGAUCUUUGAACGCUUCGUUGCACUCAAUUUUUAUUGAGCGGUGUAUGCUUAUUGUAAAGUUUCC